AUGCUUGAUAAUAAUAAUUUAUUUCAACGUGGUACUGUUGCUUCAUCCGCCUAUGCUUCAAUGGCUGCAUUUACCGCUGCUGCUAAUAUGUAUAAUUCAUUCUACCCGACAACAGCAACAACGCAAAAUGAUCCAGUAAAUUAUUUUGCUUGUACAGAAAUGAAACGAGAACAACUUGAUCCAAAAGUAUCUGUUAAACUUGAAGGAAUGGAUUUAUGGAAAAGUUUUCAUUCAUUCGGAACUGAAAUGAUCAUUACGAAAAAUGGUCGUCGAUUAUUUCCAAAUUUUCGUGUUUCUGUUAGUGAACUUGAUCCUAAUAUGAAGUAUAUGUUUCUAUUAGAUAUUGUUCCAGUCGAUGAUAAUCGAUAUAAAUAUCAAGAAUCUGCAUGGAUUGUCUCUGGGAAAGCUGAACCUCACAUCUAUGGACAUUAUUUUAUUCAUCCCGACAGUCCACAAAGUGGUGCACAAUGGAUGAAACAAUGCGUUCUCUUCAAUAAAGUUAAAAUAACAAAUAAUCCAAUGCAAUCUUCUAAUCAAAUUCUUAUAAAUUCGAUGCACCGUUAUAUAAUACGAUUACAUAUAGUUCAAGCAACCGAUGAGUUUUCAUUACGAACAGGCCCAUUGAGCACUUUUCUCUUUGAUGAAACUAUUUUUAUUGCUGUUACUGCUUAUCAGAACGAUCAGAUAAAAAACUUAAAAAUCAACAAUAAUCCGUUUGCAAAAGGUUUUCGUGAACUAACACAUGGAAAAAAAAAUAACAGUAAAUCGGUCAAACGUCUACAAGCAACUUGUGCAUCAAAUAAAUUAACAAAAUACGAUGAAAAACAGCUUUUAUAUAAAAAUGAUUCUUCAUUAUUAUCUUCAAAUUCAUAUUCUCCACCUUUACACAACACUAUUAUUGAUUCAACAACAUCAAGCUACAUAAACAAUAGUAUUGGUGAUCAUGAACAAAAUAGCGAUGCACCAAUAUCAAAUUUUCCUUCGAUAUAUCAACGUCAAUUUUCAUACAAUCCUUAUCAAAAUGACCCAUCUUCUGUGAUCUACAAUCCAACGUAUUCCUAUUUCGGAUCAUCGUCGGGAUCAACAAUAAAUUUUCCUCCAUAUGGAUACUAUCCUACUUCAGUUUAUUCAAACAAUAAUUAUAAUGCACCAUAUUUUUGA